AUGACAUCGUUAAGUGUAGCUAUAAGUUUUCUUUCACAUAUUGGUUUUUCGCAUUCUAAUGCUUGUGAUUUAAUGAAUAAAAUGAAUAAUGAUAUGUCACGUUUAAUGAUUUGUUCAAAUAAAGACCUAAUUCAAUAUAAUCUUUCAUUGGAUAUGCGUCUUCGUUUAUUACGUGCAAUACGUUGUUUUCAUAUGGAAAAAUGGUCAAAAUAUUUAAUGAAUAAUUUUCAUAAUGAUAAAAAUCUAAAUAAUAUAAUUUUAAGUAAUUAUGUAUUUGAAAAAUUAAUUUAUCAUUUAGUAAAAUAUCAUAUUUGGAUUAUUUAUACAUCAUGGACAUUAAUUUAUAUUCGAAAAUAUUUAAUAAUUACAAAAGAUAUUGAUCAAGAAAAUAUUCAAUUAUUCUAUGAAAAACUACAACGAUUAAAAAAUACAAUUAUUAGAUUAAAAAACAUUAUCGUUAUGAUUAAAAAACACUUAUCUUAA